AUGGAUCAGAUUUUGAACAAGGCGGGUUCCUACUGGUUCAGCCAGAAGGCCAACAAGGAGCUCACCUCCGUCGGCGAUGAUAUCAACUCAUUGCAAACUAGCAUCGAAGGAGGAACCAAAUGGUUGGUUAAUAAACUCAAAGGAAAAAUGCAAAAGCCAUUGCCCGAGCUUCUAAAGGAUUUUGACAUGGCAGUAGGAAUAUUUCCUCGUGAUGCUACCAACUAUGAAUUUAAUGAGGAGACGGGAAAACUUACAGUCUACAUACCGGCAGCCUGUGAAGUGGGGUACAGAGAUUCAUCUGUUUUGCGUUUCUUCACCAUUGUAACUGGAUAUUUGAAGAAAGGAAGGCUAGAAGACAUCCAGGGGAUGAAGACAAAGGUGAUUAUAUGGGUAAAUGUGUCCUGUAUCACAUCUGAGGGAUCAAAGCUCCAUUUCACAGCUGGGUUGAAGAGAACCAGGAAUAGAGAGGCUUAUGAGGUUCUUAGAGACGGCAUCACUGUAGAGAAGUUUUAA